AUGAGUCUGCAGAGUUUUGAGGUCAACAUCUACCUGGCCCAGGUGUUAUUCGCGAUUGUGGACCCACCAUUUUAUUUCCUGGGCUUUUUGGCCACCAAAUUACUUGGCUGCAAACAUACCCAAACAGGCUCCAUGCUGUUGUCGGGGGUCUUCAUUGUGACCUGUGCCAUGAUACCCCUGGAUCACAUAUUCCUCCGCAUCACGAUGGCCGUGAUAGGAAAAGGCUGUUUGAUUGGCUCCAUAAACUGCCUCCUUAUGUACAUGGGAGAGCUGUACCCCACAGUAAUGAGGAGGAGAGGUAUGAAUGUGACAAACUGCUUGGCCAACAUAGGCAGCAUUAUGAGCCCGCUGGUGGGCAUGACCUCCGACCUCUACCCUUCCCUGACUCUUUUCAUCUAUGGAGGGGUCCUCGUGGCUGCCUGCCCCAUCACUGCCCCCCUGCCAGAGACGCUAGGGCUGCCGCUGCCCAUCACACUGCAAGACCUGGAGAGAAGGCAAAAAGCAGCGCUGGCCGCUAGACGGCGCGGCGGGAGCUGCAGGGAGCGGUGGGUACCACUGGAGCGGCCCGAGCAAGUACUGAGUUCAAGGAUCCGGGCGGAGGCUCGGAGAGUGAAGGGCAGCCCGCUGCCACCGAUGGACUUGCUGCGCCUGUGA